CUUGAAUUACUCUGUGUUUUAUUUGAAGGGUGUGGAAGGAAACCCUGGAGGAAGGAAACAACCUCGCUCGGCUGGCCUGGGAAGUAAACACUUGCCUAAAAAUGAUGAACAUAGAGCAUGAGGCUUUCUGCAAGCUCCGCCGCUCCAUGCACCCCACCUCGCCAGCUGACAUCGAUCCUAAGGUCCACAGCAUCGUGGAAAGAGCUGUGAGGAGCAUUCUGGGCGAGCAGUCCAAUGAGCCCCAUAGCAACCUGCUCAGCCCAUCUCAGGUGGUGGUGGAGGUGGUGCCCAGGCUCCUCCUGGCCCUGUGGCUUCAGCCAGAGGAAGGCCAUUCAGAGCACCCAAUCCUAAUAAGCGGGAUGGCCGUGGGCAUGGUGGCGGCCGUAGUGGAGAAGCUAUCCUGCAUGUUAAAGGACCCUUCCCCUCACAUCCCUUUCUCCCGGGCUGCUGCUUUUGACUCUGUGCAGUCGAUCCUCGGGAGAAUCAGUCAGUCCUUCUCCACCGAUGACCUGCAGUGCCCUUUUUAUAUGAGCUCUGUCUGUGCCUUUGUGGCGGACGAGGUGCAGAGCUGCUUCCAGCCCCCUGCAGCCACCCUACCAGUUCCCCCUGUCCUCGCGGUGGCCGUUUCCACCACACUACCAGCUGACAUCCAAGCAGACCCGGCUUCUUCCCACCUGGAGGUUGUGGACAUCACCCCUAACAGAGAGGCAGAUCAGGAUUCUUCCCACCUGGAGGUUGUGGACAUCACCCGUAAGACAGAGGCAGAUCCGGCUUCUUCCCAACUGAAGGUUGUUGACAUCACCUCUAACACAGAGGCAGAUCCGGCUUCUUUCCACCUGAAUGUUGAAGACAUCACCAGUAACACGGAGGCAGACCCGGCUUCUUCCCACCUGAAUGUUGAAGACAUCACCAGUAACACGGAGGCAGACCCGGCUUCUUCCCAACUGAAGGUUGUUGACAUCACCCCUAACACAGAGGCAGAUCCGGCUUCUUUCCACCUGAAUGUUGUAGACAUCACCAGUAACACAGAGGCAGACCCGGCUUCUUCCCAACUGAAGGUUGUGGACAUCACCCGCUUCUUUCCACCUAAGACAGAGGCAGAUCCGGCUUCUUCCCAACUGAAGGUUGUGGACAUCACCCCUAACACAGAGGCAGACCCGGCUUCUUCCACCUGA